AUGGCCGCUUCACGACCUGCAAGGCAACUCAAUUCAACCAGAGUCAAAAACUCGUUGCGAGCGAACGUACUUCCUUUGGUAAGUGAACACCUUUUUGAAAGAAAUUAUUGAUGUGUUAACUACGGAUUGAGAGAAAUAUUACUGCCAAGCCUUUAAUAUAAGCGACACGGGCAUUGGUGCGAUCUUAUUUGCUUCUCGUUCGUGUGCUGCAUACUGUUUAAUCCAGUUUGAUAUACAGAUAAGAUAUAGAUAUAAUGGCUGCACGACCGGCAAGACAACUCAACUCAACAAGAAUUAUAAACUCUUUACGAGCGAACAUCCUUAUCAUGUACCAUUUUAGUAUCGUCGCCUAAAUGUACCAAUAAUACUAUAAGCUUAAGGGUUAUAUAAAGGUGUGUAAUCAUAUAAUUAUAUUCUUUUUCUUUCGCUGGUUGACAUUUUAUGUGCGUGUAUAUUUAUGAUGCGAUAUUUAUGAAAUAUAUUAUUAUAUCUCUGUUGAUAUCUUUAUCUUUCAUUUUCUUCUCAGCAACAGCCACAACGGAAGAAACAACAGCAGCCGCAUGGACACAAUUCGAGAAAGUAAGUCAAUCUAAUCUAUUUUUCUAAAAUAUAUUAUUUAUAGGAUAUUUAUGUAAUUAAUUACUGUCUCUAUAAGUUAGCCACUAAAGCCAAAGGGGUGGAAAUGGUGAUGGGUAGAGCCUGCAGAUGUUUAGCAUUUAAAUGCACCACCUGUUCCCAAAUUCACCGGAAAAAGUGACUUAACUGAAGCCAUUCACAUAUUUGAAAAAUUCCUGAAGCGGUUCGAUAAUGCUCUAUAUAAGGUAAAACAUUAUUAAUUUACAUUUCUAGUGUAGUUGCUUUUCACUAUACUGUUUUAUAUUUAUUUCCGCCAUAAGCACAUUUGAGGCUUCUCAAGGAGACGAUGACGUGAUUUUUCCUGCCGUCGCCUAUUUUAUCGCGUACUCUCGAAGCGACGUUUGGGAAGAGUAAAUUAUUUUUAUAUUAAAUUUUUUUUAAAUAAUCGACACGAGGGUAGGUGCGUGGUUAAAGAUCACAAGUCAACAAUCACAACGAAUGGUCCAAGCCAGUAACAGUCAUGGUGUUCAGCAUGCUCUGGACAAUAUGGCCAAUCCAUUGUCUUCAUCUCGCACAUCGUCAAAUUUCUUCCAAGCGGAUCAACCAGCGGUCGCUUAUUUUAUUGUCUUUUCUCGAAGCGAUGUCUGUAACGUCUGGAAAUUAUUUUUGGCGAGCUACACCACGAAGACACCGAAGCGGUCGUGGCAAGGUUAUUAUAUAUAUAUAAGUGUAUAUUUUUUUGAAUUUAAUAUCUACUGCAUAUUUAAUAUCUAUUGAAUUUAAUGCCUAUAAAGCUUAUAACUACAAAUUUAACAAUAAACAUUGUAGCCUAAAUGAAUUAAGUUAUGAUAUAUAUAAGAGUCAUAUUAUUAUUAAACAACUUUGAACUUUGAACGUGCGGUCUUAUUUGCUGCUCAGAGUUCGUGGAUCGAUCAAUAUAAUAAUGGCAUCCCACCCGGCAAAACAACUCAACUCAACCACAGUCAAAAACUCAUUGCGAGUAAAUAUACUUCCUUUGGUAAGUGAACACCUUUUUGAAAGAAAUUAUUGAUGUGUUAACUACGCAAUGAGAGAAAUACCACUACCAAGCCUUAAGCCUUUCUAGCGAAGACCUUAUAAAAUAACCAACACGAGGAUAGGUGCGGUCUUAUUUGCUGCUUGUCGUUCGUGUCAAGUUAUAAGUUUUUUUAUGUAUAACACGAGAAUAUGGCCGCUUCCCGCCCAGCAAAGCAACUCAACUCAACCAGAGUCAAAAACUCAUUGCGAGUAAAUAUACUUCCUUUGGUAAGUGAACACCUUUUUGAAAGAAAUUAUUGAUGUGUUAACUACGGAUUGAGAGAAAUAUCACUGCCAAGCCUUUAAAAUAAGCGACACGAGCAUUGGUGCGAUCUUAUUUGCUUCUCUUUCGUGUGCUGCAUACUGUUUAAUCAAGUUUGAUAUACAGAUAAGAUAUAGAUAUAAUGGCUGCAAGACCGGCAAGACAACUCAACUCAACAAGAAUUAAAAACCCUUUACGAGCGAACAUCCUUAUCAUGAACCAUGCAUUUUAGUGCCGUCGCCUAAAUGUACCAAUAAUACUGUAAGCCUAAGGGUUAUAUAAAGGUGUGUAAUCAUAUAAUUAUAUUCUUUUUCUUUCGCUGGUUGACAUUUUAUGUGUGUGUAUAUUUAUGAUGUAAUAUUUAUAAAAUAUAUUAUUAUUAUUUAUAGGAUAUUUAUGUAAUUAAUUACUGUCUCUAUAAGUUAGCCACUAAAGCCAAAGGGGUGGAAAUGGUGAAGGUAGAGCCUGCAGAUGUUUAGCAUUUAAAUUGACUCCUAAUCCCCAUAUAUAAACGUGUCGAAGAUAAGAUGCUGAACAAAACAAAAAAAGUAAAAAUAAAACAAAAGACUGCAUGAUAUUAAGGUAAUAGAGCAUUUUAUAAUUGAACACUAAUCCCCCCAAUUUAAGUUUUAUUUAUAACAGAAGAGACAAUAUGGCCGCUUCACGACCAUCAAGGCAACUCAAUUCAACCAGAGUCAAAAACUCGUUGCGAGCCAACGUACUUCCUUUGGUAAGUGAACACCUUUUUGAAAGAAAUUAUUGAUGUGUUAACCACGGAUUGAGAGAAAUAUUACUGCCAAGCCUUUAAAAUAAGCAACACGGGCAUUGGUGCGAUCUUAUUUGCUUCUCGUUCGUGUGCUGCAUACUGUUUAAUCCAGUUUGAUAUACAGAUAAGAUAUAGAUAUAAUGGCUGCACGACCGGCAAGACAACUCAACUCAACAAGAAUUAUAAACUCUUUACGAGCGAACAUCCUUAUCAUGUAACAUUUUAGUAUCGUCGCCUAAAUGUGCCAAUACUAUAAGCCUAAGGGUUAUAUAAAGGUGUGUAAUCAUAUAAUUAUAUUCUUUUUCUUUCGCUGGUUGACAUUUUAUGUGUGUGUAUAUUUAUGAUGUAAUAUUUAUGAAAUAUAUUAUUAUUAUUUAUAGGAUAUUUAUGUAAUUAAUUACUGUCUCUAUAAGUUAGGCACUAAAGCCAAAGGGGUGGAAAUGGUGAUGGGUAGAGCCUGCAGAUGUUUAGCAUUUAAAUGGACUCCUAAUCUCCACAUACAAACGUGUCGAAAAGAAGAUGCUGAAGAAAACAAAAAAAUAAAACAAAGGACUGCAUGAUAUUCAGGUUAAUAGAGCAUUUUAUAAUUGAACACACUGUACUACUAUAUAAUCGUAAAAUUAUUUGUAAUUUUCGGACAGUUUGAAGCACGGCCCUGGUUUGGAUCGUACAAUUGUUUGGUGUUAGACAGAGUAAGGCAAUGAAGUAGGAUGCAUUUGGACAUAUUGCAGCGUAAUCGGUUAACAUAUGCCAACAAGUUAGCCCUGCAUAGAUAUAGUAUUUAAAGAUCUGAGAAUCCCAAUCUAAUAAACUUAAUAACAUGCAAUUUGUUUCUUAGGGACUUGAGAGCUCGCCUGAAUGCGAAGAAAGUAGUAAGUGCCUACAAAUUUAGUAAAUGAUUAUAAUUGCUCAGAUAUUUAUCAACUCUCCCGCUUAAGACCUUAGUCACACUUACAGUGACGGAGCUUGCGGAGCGAGCCUGAAGCGAGCGAGCAUAGCAGCUGCCAAAGAGAUGCUGAAGAAAACGAAAAAGUAAAACAAGAGACUGCAUGAUAUUCAGGUAAGUAGAGCAUUUUAUAAUUGAACACUAAUCCCCCUAAUUUAAGUCCCCCCCUUAGAGAAAUAUCACUACCAAGCCUUUCAAGUGAAGAUGCAGACAAAUUAUUCAAUAUACAAUGAGGUAUCUGAUGGAAUAUAUUGACAUGAGAAUACACUCUUCCAAAGUUAAUUUUUAUGGCCAUAUAUCUUUAAUUUUCAUUUUCUUGUUUGAUUUCUUUCUUGUCAUUUUUACAGUACUUUAUAGCUAACUUUUGAUUUUUUAAUUCAAUAGCCAGCAACCACUAAGUAGAAGUGAAGACGCAGACAAAUUAUUCAAUAUACAAUUACUUUAUGGUUUCUGUGUUUGGAUGGCCUGGUUUGUCAAUGCAUAACUAUUUGGUUGUUUUAUUUGAAGUAAACAUUACGAGAAGAGAGAAGACAUGGUGAAGAACAACGUUGGAGAAGCGAUGUAAGUAAUAUCUCACAAUGCCUCACUACACAUCAUGUUUCUUAUAGUUCAUGUUGGAAAUUAUUGCAUCUUGUAUAUAUACCGCGUUUAUUAAAUUAACACAGACAAAUUAUUCAACAAGGUUUCUUUUCGUGCAAGUUUUUAUGUGUGUGGUAUUAGUGAAGCCACUAUCCAAGUUAAAACUUUGUUUGUCAAUGUAUACAUAUUUUGUUGUUUUAUUUGAAGGAAACAGUGCAAGAAGAGAGACGUCGUCGUCGAGAUUUAGAAGUUUUGCUUGAGAUAAGAGAUGUAUGUAUAGGCCUAAUGGCUGUAUUGUAACAUGUAAAAAUGUCACAACUUAAUUGUCAACAAGAUGUGUUCGCAACAGGCUUUCAGUAAGCUAGUCAACAAGUUGUAACAAUUUAAAGUUUGUUUGUUCACUGCAACCAGAUAGGGCCCCCAUCAGCCAUACACAGCCUAUCUAUCUGUCUGGGGCCCUUAGUUUUGUAACCAACCUAAAUGAAAUGUCACGUUUGCAACCACAUGAUUUGGUCUAUAGAUCCAAAAUACACAGGUAUAGUUUCUGUAAUCCUUUGCUUUGUUUAUUAACGCAGACAAAUUAUUCAAUAUACAAUUACUUUAUGGUUUCUGUGUUUGGAUGGCCUGGUUCGUCAAUGUAUAAAUAUUUUGUUGUUUUAUUUGAAGGAAACAUUACAAAGAGAGAGACGGCGUCGUGAAGCGUCAGAAGUUGCGCUAGAAGAACAACGUAAGAAAAGCGAUGUAAGUAAUGACUGUAUUGUAGCACGUAAAUAUCUCAAAAUAGAUAUGCCCCCAGUCUAA